GUGCACCACGCUGCUAACUUCUUCUUCUUCUUCUUCCUCGCGGCACUAUUUAUACGUCAUCCUCCACCAAUUACCGCUGAAAAUUAAUAUCCAUUCUACAGAUCGAUUUCCAAGCCAUCAUCAUGAGUCAAUCAUCCAUUCCUCUCUCCGACGGCGGAAAUAUGGAAGUGAAAUUUACCGAAGAACAAGAAGCUCUGGUAGUGAAGUCAUGGAGUUUGAUGAAGAAAAAUGCCGGUGAUUUAGGACUCAAAUUAUUCUUAAAGAUAUUUGAGAUUGCACCAUCAGUGAAGAACAUGUUCUCCUUCCUGAAAGACUCAACUAUUCCCGUCGAGCAGAAUCCAAAGCUCAAGCCACAUGCCAGAACUGUCUUCGUUAUGACAUGUGAAUCGGCCGUGCAACUGAGGAAAGCUGGGAAAGUAGUUGUAAGAGAAUCAAGUUUGAAGAAGAUGGGAUCUAUACACCACAAAUAUGGCGUUGUUUCAGAGCAUUUUGAUGUGACAAGGUAUGCUUUAUUGGAGACGAUAAAGGAAGCAGUGCCGGAGAUGUGGUCGCCGGAGAUGAAGAACGCUUGGGGAACUGCCUAUGAUCACCUAGUAGCAGCCAUUAAGGCUGAGAUGAAAAGCUUGGCCGACGACAGUUGAUUAUGCUAUUAAUGGAAUCUGGAAUAACAUAUUGAUUCAGCUGUAUCUUUUGUGAAAGAUGAAGUUUCCAAUUUGCGUUUGUUUACCGGUCCGACAGUCGCCGGAUUUUGGUGUGUUUUUUGUAAAAUAUAAUAAGACAUGUUAUUUUACCAUAAUUGAUUGAUUAUAAAGUGUUAUUUCUUGAA